UUCUCAUCUACCGAGGGGCUUAUUGCGUUACACGCUCGUAGCCCCGACCUGCCUUCCAAAAAUAAGCCCCUGCCACCAUGCCGAAAGAAGAAAAACAAGAGUGGUAUUUUUAGGGGCAUUAAUUUUGACCACGUGCCCCGAGGGUAAACCGGAUGGCCACUGCGCAAAGGUUCCUCAUCAGUAUGUGCGAGAGCAGCGGGCGCUGGACGUGGACUGCGGUUGUUCUGCUGGGCUUUCUGCUUGGGAUCGUGUCCUCCUACCCCACCUUGAACAGGACUAAUGCAACUUCACCGGAGAAAAGGUGGGAGACGCUCUUCUCGCGCUCCGUUUUGGGGAUCUCGGUGGAGAAAUCGGACCUGAACUGGGAGAGUGACUAUUUGCUGGGCAUUAAGAGAGUGCGGAGGCUGUACUGCAACGUGGGCAUCGGGUUUCACCUGCAGGUCCUGCCAGACGGAAGGAUAAACGGUGUCCAUAAUGAGAACCAGUACAGUCUAAUAGAAAUCUCAGCGGUAGAGAGAGGAGUGGUUAGUCUAUACGGAGUGAAAAGCAAGCUGUUUGUCGCAAUGAGCAGCCGCGGAAGGUUAUACGGAACGAGGGCCUUCCGUGACGAGUGCAAGUUCAAGGAGACACUGCUGCCCAACAAUUACAACGCAUACGAGUCUUCCAUUUACAAGGGCUUUUAUAUCGCCCUCAGCAAACAUGGCCGCUUGAAGCGAGGCUACAAGGCUUCCCCAGCAAUGACUGUCACACAUUUCCUCCCACGUUUAUAAGCAAACCU